AUGGGUAGCGGGGAGUCCAUCCCCCGCAGCCGGGUCCCGCGCGGCCCCAAAGGACGGGGGACCCUCUUUCUCCUCCCGGGACGCUGCUGGUGUUUCUUUGAGCCCCUGGGGGAGAAAGGUCAGCGGCUGCAGGCAUCCGGGUGGAGCCCUCCACGAACCAAGGACCCUCAAAGCCGCGGCACCGGCGCGCCUUCCCCUCGCCGCACCCCAGCAGGGGAGGGUGUGGGGCGCCACCGCGUUCCUACUUACCCGCUGCCCAUCCCGGCCUCCUCACUGUACUCACCGAAAACUCGUGGAGCCUGGGACGAGACUGCACCUCAUCCUCAAGACGCCGCCGGGGAGAAGGAGUCACCCCAGCCACCGAGGUGCGAAGCCUCUGCACUCUGGCUUCGCCCGGUCACCCCCGCCCAGGUCUCUCCGAGCUCCGACGCUCGCCGCACACUACGUGACUCCCGGUGGCCGCACAUCUGCGGCGACUUUUGGGAAAUGGAUGGUCGGGGGUCUAACCCCCGCACCCGGGUCCCGCGCGGCCCCAAAGGACGGGGGACCCUCUUUCUCUCCGGGGCGCUGCUGGUUUUCUUUGAGCACCCGGGGCUUGGCGUCGCCUGCCAAGCACCCCCACCAGACACACAGACACACAAACACACACACACACACCCCAAGGCUUCCUGUCUCAGUUUCCGGCCGCCCACCGGGAACCCACAACCGCAGCCCUGCGAACCCCUGCACCGGCGAACCUCCCCUCGCCGCACCCCAAACAAGCAGGGCCGGCAGCUGCAGGCAUCCGGGUGGGUGGUAAACGGAAGCAGAGGAAGCAGGGGUCAUCAAGGGGCUGGAGGAACUGGAGACACCAGCCAAAGGCGAGGCGCUGGGGCGCUAAGCACGCAGGGGCUGGGGUGGCGCGGGCCAAGGCUGCCCCGCGGCCGGAGCGCCCACCGUUCUGAGCGUGACUCGGCCACCUUCCUGUUCCAGGUGCUCUUGACUAGUGCCGUCCGCGAGCCAAGGACCUUUCCCAGCCCCAGAGAGCCUGGCGUCACCUCCGCCCCGCCCCACACCACCCCAAGUCUUCCAGCCCCACUUUCCGGCCGCCCACCCGGAGCGCACAGCCCCAGUCCUGCGAGCCGCCGCACCAGCGCGCCUUCCCCUCGCUGCACCCCUAACAAGCAGGGGAGGGUGCUGGGCGCCACCGCGUUCCUACUUACCCGCUGCCCAUCCCGGCCUCCUCGCUGUACUCACCGAAAACUCGUGGAGCCUGGGACGAGACUGCACCUCAUCCUCAAGAGACCGCCGGGGAGAAGGAGUCACCCCAGCCACCGAGGAAAAACACGGCUGAGCCAUAGCUUCAGUCUCCAGGGCUGCCCAAAGAAGCCUAAGGAAGCAGUGUGUCUGGGCUCAGAAGGUAAAAUGUUCCAGGCCUCUUGGGGUGUCAAAAAUCAACAAAGGGCAGAAUGGUGGGGAACUGGACCAUCCUAGACGAUAUUUGAUGCAGAGGUGUGGGUUUGACCCCAGGCCCGGUGCAGUGUGUUAAAGGAUCGCAGCACCAGGUCCAGUGGUGGCUCGCAAUAAAAACCACAAUGAGUGAGCCUUUUAAAAUAUCAAACAUCUGUUGUUUCCUGUCAGAUAAGUUAUAAUUAUAUGAACCAUUUUGGAAAAUAACAUAUGUAGUUUGUAACCAAGUGCUGCUAUAAUUUCAAAAAGUACUUCUUCAUGUUUUUGUCAUGGCAUAUAUAUAGCACCUGGAAAUAUUUGGCACCUAGGAUAAAGUUGAGGGUCGAGGAGAAGUUUGUAGCGCAUGGUUUUAAAAAUCAUUACCUU